GGAUUCUAUUGAAGAAACUUCUUUGUAACUUGUGCAUUUCUUGACAUUUGAUAUGAAACAUUAAUGUGUCAAUAAAAAUAUUUUUUCAAACGAAGGUUUUGGAAAAUCCUAGAGGAACAAAGUACAACUGUGUUAUCGUUGUGUUGUCAUCAUUGCGAAAAUAUGGCAGAUACAAAUUUGCCGCUUCGUCUAACUGUAGAGUUUGGUGGAGGAGCAGAGCUGCUGUUUGACAAAGUGAAGAAACAUACACUGGAGUUGCCCCAUACUGACAAGACGUGGACAGUUCGGAAGCUUCUUUUGUGGAUUAAGGAUAACUUACUGAAAGAAAGACCAGAGCUUUUUCUACAAGGAGAAACUGUGAGGCCUGGUAUACUUGUUCUUGUUAAUGAUGCUGACUGGGAACUCUUGGGGGAGCUUGACUAUGAGCUGCAGCAAGGUGAUAAUGUGAUGUUCAUAUCGACUCUUCAUGGAGGCUGAAGAGUCCUGAGCACUGUGCAGCAGUGGAAUUUUGGCUUUAACCCUGCUGUUGAUGCAGCAUUAAUAUACUAAUUUAUGUACAAUACUUUUCUAAAAAUAUAUGUAUAUAGAUGUAUAAACAUUCGCUUUCCUGCCAUUUAAAACUUUCUAGUUGUUACAGUAUGUAGAGUUAGUUGUCACAAAAAGUUCAGUCAUUUCUGAAUCAGGACGACAACUUUGAAUCAUCACACAAUUCAGGUAUUAAGCAAAGCAAUGACUGAUAGUGUCUCAGUUAGUUUUCUCUUCUGUCAAAAAGUUCACAACAUAAUGUCACAAAAACACGUUUGCAUUGAAAAUGUAGGACAUUGAAUGAGCUACAAAGUGUCACUUCAAAUCUUUAGCCCUGAAACAGUGACACAUAAAAUGUUUGCCAUUGGAAAGUACUAGUUAGACCUAGAGUGACGACUUCACAACAAGAUUGAUGUCUGGAACAUCGUGGCCAAUUAAAUCUCAGUUUUGAAAUGGGAUUCGAACCCUGGAAACUUCACUUUUUGCUGGCAAGUGUUCUGUUGGCUUAGCUAUCGAAGCACUACUCAGCAGAAGAGAUACUGGUGGAAUUUAAGCUGUGAGGUUGGUUUGGGAGUCAUGCUUACAUAGCUCAGUUGGUAGAGCAUUUCACUCGUGGAAGGCAAAUGUCUGAGUUUGAGUCCUGGUCUGACACUGUUUUAAUCUGCCUGGAAAUUUCAAAUCAGCUCACACCCUGUGCUGUAGAGGGAAAAUUAAUUCAGGGUUGAUAUCUGACUAUAACUACUUGACAAAAUCUGUUUGUAAGGCAAAGAUAAUACAUAAUAUGAUGAGACCAGACCAGUUUGUUGAUGAUGGGGCUCUGAUAAAGAGGUGUAAAGGAGAUUGUGCAAUUUUCGGAGCUUUACAUUUUGAUUGGUGAACUAGAGACCUCAUGUGUUGACAAAUGAUGGUGCAAUCUCUCUGUCUUAUUUCUCUGCAUUGUACAAACUGUAUUAAGUGUAUGUUCCUUCAGAAGUCUGGAGGCAAGGUUGCAACUUGCGAACCAGUUAUUUGCAUAACAUUGCUACCGGAACGCAAAAUAGAUUGUCUAAUUUGUUCCACUAA